GCCAGUCGUGUUUUUCCCCUCACUGAGCUCACUCUCUCUCUCUCCCCCUCUGCUCUGACUCUCUCGCGCGCUCUUUGGCUCAGCGGACAGACGACACCUCUCCUCUCUUACUCCUCUUCUUCUCUGCCUUCUCUUCUUGUCUUUUAUUUCAUGGUAUUGUCUUCUUUCAGCUGUUUAUAUAUUUAUUUCUUAAAAAUAUUCUUUCUCUCUUUCUCUCCCCCCCGACUCCCCGUGCCAGGGAGGUUAGUGGGGGUCCCUGAAGUGUGUGUUUGAGAGUGUGUGUGAGUGUGUGUGUGUGUGUGUGUGUGUGUGUGUUGAGGGGUUUCGGCAUGGAAGCGGUGGCACUGUAUACGUUUCGUGCCACUGAAGGCGAUGAACUCAGUUUCAACAAGGGAGACAUGCUCAAGAUCACCAACAUGGAGGAUGAUCCUAACUGGUACACAGCUGAGCUCCACAACAGAAAAGGCUUUGUGCCAAAAAACUACAUCAACCUGCGGCCACACGCCUGGUUUGCAGGUCGUAUAUCUCGUGGCGUGGCAGAAAGUCGCCUCAGACACAGGGAGUGUGGAGCGUUUCUGGUCAGAGAGAGUGAGAGUGCUCCCGGAGAGUUCUCCAUGUCUGUCAGUUAUGGGGACCAUGUUCAGCAUUUCAAGGUGCUGCAGGAUCGCUGUGGUCAGUAUUACGUGUGGGAUGAGCUCUUCUCCUCUCUCAACGAGCUGGUGGAGUUCUACCAUAGCAACAGCAUCGCUAAGGAGAGGACCGUCUUUCUGAGAGACCCGGAGCACUUCGCCAGGCGUCCCCAUCAUGCACACGCUCUCUUUGACUGCAACCCUCACCACCCUUCCCAGCUACGUUUCCUGCGUGGUGACGUCAUCGAACUCAUUGACUGCUCCGAUUCACUGCGCUGGAGGGGCCGCUGCCAUGGGCACGUGGGCUACUUCCCACCGGAGUAUGUCCAGCCUAUUUACCACUGCCAGUGACCUGACGUGUCAAUCAAACACAGAGCCAGGUCCUUCAGCAGGCCGUCUUGACCCCACCCCUCGCACUGCUCCCCUGCUCUGCACUUGCCCAUUAAUUUCUGGAGCAGAUGACUGACGAGCUGCCGUUGAACUGCUCAUAUGUUACUGACUCCUCCCAUUUUCCCUGUGACAUCACAUGUCAAUCAUAAGCCUCGCCCAAUCAGCUGCUACAGGCUCAUCAACUGCUUCCACCUGAUUCCACAACUCCACCUCACUUUAAUCAAGUUAAAAAAAAAAUUAAAAAAAAUCCAGAUAUGGACCUGAACACUGUGGAGAACUCACACAUUAUACACACAGACUAACUUACACACACACUUACCCCUGGGCACAAUUACUUAUUACAGCUUAUCAGCACUGGUGCAGGCUAAAUAAGAACACACACACAGACAUACACACACUAACCUGUUGAAAAAAAAUGAAGAGUGUGUGGCCCAUGGGAGCUUGUAGAGGAAGGGCAGGGUUUUUUCUCCGAUGCAGAUGAGUCAGGAUUUGCUCCAGUAUUUUGCAGCCGUUCCCACGAGGAGAUCCGGUGAGCUGAGCAGAGAGACACAGAGUCAUUGUGUUGUGAAUAUUUGGGCCACUCAGUGGAUACUGACACAGCAGAUUCCUCUCUCUCACUGGGCUGGUGUAGUUUGGAGUGUGUGUGGAGGGAUUUGUGUGUAAAAUGUGCGUCUGAACACAUGUAUAUCUGCAAACUUUAUGUGUAUGUUUAGUAUGUGACAAUGGGAAUGGAUGUUUGUGUGUGUGUGUGUAUAUAUAUGCGUGUGUCUGUGUGUGUGUGUGUGUGUACAACCCUGUGCUCUGUGGACCAGUAAAGGAGGUUGCUGUGUUACAGUGACCAGUGAGAAUGCACACUGCCCAGAGGCCACCUUGUUUUAUAUUACAGUACAUAGCUUAAAAUGUAAUACGCUCAACGAAAUUUAUGGAUCAUUUGUUUGUUCCUAUGUAUUUAUUCUUAUUCAUGUGUAAUCAUAGAAUACAUAUAUUACAAGUAAGAUGAAACAUUGUAUAAAGCCUUUGUUUCUGUUGCAACAAAUAUUUUAAGAACCACAUCUUAUCUGAUCGACAGCGAGAACUAGGACCGGUCUUCCUUAAUCUGUAAUGACAAAUCAUUUAAAUAAAGUGAUACAUAUACCUCUUUGAA